AUGAAUAACAAAGCGAUAGAAUUAAAUACAAGGAGAGAUGGCACAAUUAAAGAUAUUAAGCAAAUGAUUCAGGAUAAAGAAGGCAUCCCCACUGAUCAACAACAUCUUGUUUUUAAUAACCAAUUGUAUGAUGACCAUACCUUGUCACGUUAUGCUAUCAAAGAAAAUUCUACAUUGUAUCUAGAAUAUGAAGCAAUAAUGAUCUACGUAAAAUUAAUGGAUGAAACAAUCAUAAAAUUGGAUGUCAAUAGAAGUUACACCAUCGAACAGGUUACUCGUAUGAUCCAAGAUAAAGAAGGCAUUCCUUCUCAUCAAAUAACAUAUUUUACUAUUGAUGACGGAAUUAUGCAUCACUAUGAUAUCUCAUCUCGCUACAACACACUUAAAACCUUAGCAAAUUAUGGGAUUAAGAAUGAGUCUACACUUAAACUAUUUCAUUAUAUUCCAUUUGCUGGUUCUUUGUAUGUGAAAUCACUAUCCGAAAAAGUGACAACUGUGCAAGUAGAUUCGAAUGAUACCAUUGAACAAGUUAAACAAAAGAUCCAGGACAAAGAAGGAAUUUCUCCUGAUCAACAAUGCCUUUUUUUUGCUGGCAUGCGAUUAGAAAAUGAGCGUACCUUAUCAGAUUAUUUGAUCCCAAAGGAGGCUACUGUUCAUCUUGUAAUUAAAGAAAUCAGUACUCACAAAGAAUCGUCUGGUUCAUAUGAGAUUUUUGUGAAAACACUAACCGGAAAAACAAUAACUCUACAAGUAGAAUCAAACAACACCAUUGAACAAGUUAAACAAAAGAUCCAGGACAAGGAAGGAAUCCCUCCUGAUCAACAACGCCUUGUUUUUGCUGGCAAGCAAUUAGAAGAUGGGAAAACUUUGGCAGAUGAUAAUAUUAAAAAGGAGUAUACUCUUCAUCUUGUGCUUAGAUUACGUGGUGGAAUGCUUCAGGAAACCAGUGGUCGCAUAGAAUUUGACGCACUGCCACCACUCACUCAAUAUACUCUAACGCCUGAAGAACGUUUACAAAAUGGAAUUCAUGCUGGUAUUGCCUGUAAUUAUUGUGGUGAACGUGAAUGGAAAGGAACAAGAUUUUCACCUGAAAUUCAAAAAAAAUAUUAUGAUGUUGGGAGCGAUCCUACAAGUGGAAAGGAUUGGAUGGAUGUUACUGAUCAGAUGCAGCAUGAGUUGGUUCGAGAAUUCGGAUAUUCAGAUGAAGCAGUACAAAUGUUGCGGCGUGCACCACAACUUUAUCCAGAUGAUCCUGAAUUUCGUACAACUCAAGUAUAUGUUCGCAAUAAUAUUGCCAACAUUGGAAAUCUCACUGAAGGAAUGCUAGCACCUGAUUGUCCAUUAGUUCCAUUAGAUUCUUCAAUUUUUACGUCAAUAAUUGAUAACAGUACCCCUGAUUUACCAAAUUUAGUUCAUUUACGUUCGCUUUGUAAAUCAGGACGGCCUCUAGUUCUUAUGGGUGGAUCGUAUACUUGUCCUUUAUACCGAUGCAUAUCUCAUGUGCUCAAUGAUAUAUAUAAUCGAUAUAAAGCGGAUGUAGAUUUUUAUUUGAUUCAAAUUAAAGAAGCACAUGCUUCUGAUGUUUGGCCUAUUGGCAACAUUGUCGAUGUCAAGGAGCAUCACACAUUAUCUGACCGUUUGGCUGCUGCACGUGAGAUGGCAACAAAAACCAAAUUGGAAAUUCCUGUACUAGCAGACACAAUGAAUGAUACUUUCUUAAAAUUAUAUUCACCAUGGCCAUUCCGAUUUUUUGUAGUUGUUGAUGGAACUUUGAAACUUGUUGGAAUGCCAAAAGAUGCGCGUUAUGAUACAACAGAUCUAGUUGAAUGCUUAGAUGAUCUUUUACGCGAUAAAAAAGACCUACAUUAA